AUGGCCAAACCAAUUGUCCUCCAGCUCGGCGACGACAUAAAAUGGAACCACGAUCUGUACACCACCUUCACAUCUCACUUCGACAUUAAGCGGUCGCACAGCAUGCCUCGCGCUGAAUUCAUCCAAGCUCUUAAGAACAAGACUUUUGGCGAAUUUUUCGCCAUUUACAGACCAUUCUGGAACACAGGUGGCGAGAUGGGCAAUUGGGAUGAGGAAUUAAUCUCUUUACUGCCCACCUCUUGCAAGAUCUAUGCUAGUGCUGGAGCAGGCUUUGACUGGGUUGACACUGCUACCCUUGCCAAGAGAGACAUAGGUAUCGCAUAUUGCAAUGCCGCAGCUGCUUGUACAGAAUCUGUCGCCGACGCCGCAAUUUGGCUCAUCAUUUCCGUCUUCCGCCAACUGAGCUGGUCCAGCAUUGCCGCUCGUUCUGGCUCAAGCGAGCAAUUCCUAGAUGCUCAACGCAACCUCGCACCUGUAUCCCGCAACCCCCGCGGCUUCAGUCUUGGCAUCAUCGGCUUCGGCCGAAUCGGUCAACGUAUCGCAGAAAAGGCCUACAAGGCACUUGACAUGAAGAUCCUCUACAACGACGUGGUCCAAAUGCCCAAAAACGUCGAAGAGGCUGUUGGAGCCGUCUAUCACAAAUCUGCAGACACCCUGCUCGCGGAAGCAGACUGUGUUCUUGUCGCGACACCUUUUGCAGGUGAAGCUUUACUCAACAAGGAGGGUCUAGCAAAGAUGAAGAAGGGCGCCAAGCUGGUCAACAUCGCACGUGGAAAGCUCAUCAAUGAGGCGGAUCUUGUAGAAGCUCUUCAAAGUGGACAUCUUUCAGGUGCGGGACUCGAUGUUUUUGAGCACGAGCCUGUUAUCAGCCCUGACCUGAUCAAGAUGAAGAAUGUGGAGCUACUGUCGCAUAAUGCCGGUGCAUCUUUGGAUUCACAUGUUGGAUUUGAGAAGCUGGGUAUGGAGAAUAUUCUUUCUUUUCACAAGACGGGCAAGGCUAUUUCGCCUGUUAAUGCUCACCUAAUCAAGCAGAGCAAGUUGUAA